AACCUCCCACAACCAAACCACGGUCUCAACCUCGACAUCGUCGGUUCCUCCUCCGAUGGUCUCCUCUGUCUCUGUUUCGCAAGCACCAUCUACCUCUGGGACCCCACCACGUCAUCAGUGCUCGAGCCUCUCCCUCCUAUAACCCCUCGCGAAAUGGUCAAUGUCGAUUUCCACAGUGUUGGGUUCGGAUUCGAUUCCACAUCCAAUGACUUCAAGGUCGUGAGGCUUCUCAAUGUUCAUUUCAGGUCCGCGACCAAUUUGCUUCAUAUAAGUCAAGAAGCGGAAGUGUAUAGCGUCAGCAGUGGUUCGUGGAGGCAGCUGGAUCCUCAGGUUGCUCGCGUGCCUUAUGGGAUUCAUACACAGUCGAGGGUCACAAUGUACUUGGAUGGAAACUUUUUCUGGUGCGCGACCCCGCUUCCAUUAGAUAAUAAUGAGGAUGAGAAGAUUGUUCGCUUCGACUUUGCUAGGGAGGUAUUCAAGUCUACUUCAUUUCCGGACGCUUGUGUUAUUGGGGAUUACUCCAGUUGGAAGACGACUCUCACCGCGUUGAACGGGUCUAUUGCUAUGCUGGUUUAUCCUUUUGGGAAGGAGGUGGAGAUGUUGUGUUUUGAUAUAUGGGUUUUGUUUGAAUUUGGUGUUAGGGAGUCGUGGACUAAGCUUAUUAGAAUUGGACCCUCUUUGGAUUUGGAAAGGCCAUUGGGAUUUUGGGGGUAUGGAAAGAUGUUUAUGGAGAGCAAAGAAGGGCAGCUGGUCUUGUAUGAUCCUUCUACAAACACAGGCAAGAUUUUUCCAUUUGAUGGGCUUAAGGGAUCGUUACAAGUUGCUCUCUACACUGAGUUUUGGGAAAAAAACGAGGACGAUGGUGAAGACCAUGAGGAAGUGAAUCAAUGAGGUGUGCAAGGAGUGUUACUGGACAUCAUCAUGGUGAUAUUAUAUUUUGAUUCAGGCUUCAUUCUUUGGUAAUAUAAUAAAGAGUUACACCUAGAGUGCUAAUUAGAGCUGCUUUCAGUAUAUGGUAUUAGUUGUACCUGUUUGUCUGAAUGAUUUUCUGUUGCCUAGCUAAGAUUGGAGGAGCACUAUUGAAAGUAUUUCCUAUCCUUGUAUAGUUUAUACUAAUCUUAAGCAUCCUUCCCAUCCCCUUGAAAUUUCAUUGUUUGUUUGUUGGGAUUCUUUUUAUUUCUCCCUGUUUCUUUAUGUUUUUUGUUUUGCUUAAGCAUGAGCAAGAUAAUAGUAUAGAGAAAACCGUUUGCUUUUUUGUGGUCUGCCACAUGAAGCAAUGAUUAUUUUGUACAUUGGAUAUUUGCAUAAUCCCUCUGACAAUAUGUACGCUCUGAUGGAAUCCACAUGAUAUAAGAGGGAAUAUGCAUAUGUCAAUUACAUGGUACCUUCCUUCUCCAUAGGAAGGGUGGUUUCAAUGCAACGGAAAGAAUUCUUUUCCUUUCCAUUGCACUAUCUGCCUAAAAACUCUAAAGAGCUAAUGAGCAUAGGGGGAGCAAAGUAUGGACAAGUUUGGAUGCAGAGAAUCUACGAUAUCAUAUGCUAGAAUUGACUAAUGAAUUUGAAUU